UCCCGCCCCGCCCGCUUCCUGGGAGACCUGGAGGCCUCGGCGGGAGCGGCCCGGUGCCUCCCGGCGGGGUGGGGCUCAGCCGAGCUGGUGGCCUUGGCAGGGGCCGCGCGCGGCUUCGGCGCGCCGGGUGCGCCCGGGGCUGAGCGCUCCUGGCGUGGCUGCCGGCCGCGAGCGGUCGGUUAAUGAUUUAAUCACCCGCUUGGGGCGGUGGAGCUGCGGUCGGCCGUCUCUGGCUCCGCCCCCUCCCUGGAGCGCCCCCAGCCGGGGGUACAAAACUGCCCCUGCCAAGGGUGCGUCCUUCACCAGCUGCCCUGCGGGCUGGGCCGCCGCCGCCGCCCUAUGAUCUCCUUGUCACCCCCUACGCCCGCCGGACUUCAGAUCUGACCCCCGACCCGCCUGCCGCCUUGGGCGCACCCUGCCCCCCCCCCCCCACCAUCGGCAAGAUGCCCAUUCUCAAGCAGCUGGUGUCCAGCUCGGUGCACUCGAAGCGCCGCUCCCGUGUGGACCUCACGGCUGAGAUGAUCAGCGCCCCCUUGGGCGACUUCCGGCACACCAUGCACGUGGGCCGGGCGGGGGACGCCUUCGGGGACACGUCCUUCCUCAACAGCAAGGCCGGCGAGCUGGACGGCGAGUCCCUGGAGGAGCAGGCUGCCUCCACGUCCUCCAAACGCAGCCUCCUGUCCCGGAAGUUCCGGGGCAGCAAGCGGUCGCAGUCGGUGACCAGGGGGGACCGGGAGCAGAGGGACAUGCUGGGCUCCCUGCGGGACUCGGCUCUGUUCGUCAAGAACGCCAUGUCCCUGCCGCAGCUGAACGAGAAGGAGGCCGCCGAGAAGGGCCCUGGCAAGCUGCCCAAGAGCCUGUCGUCCAGCCCCGUGAAGAAGGCGAGUGCCGGGGAGGGCGGCCAGGAGGAGGCGGGCGACGGGGAGCCGACGCCCCGGCGGAACGGGGCCACCGCCCCCCACUCCCCCGACCCCCUGCUCGACGAGCAGGCCUUCGGGGACCUGACGGAGCUGCCCGUGGUGCCCAAGGCCAGCCUGGGGCUCAAGCACGCCGAGUCCAUCAUGUCGUUCCACAUCGACCUGGGGCCGUCCAUGCUGGGCGACGUCCUCAGCAUCAUGGACAAGGAGGAGUGGGAACCGGAGGAGGAGGAGGAGGAGGGCGGCGGUUACCAUGACGACGGGGACCCCGCAGGCGGCACCCUCCGGGCUCCCCCAGCGGCGGCGGCUGCGGCGGCGGCGGCAGCCCCUCCACGGGCAAGGCAGCAGGAGGGUGCAGGGGGCCGGGACCUGCCCCAGGACCAGGGCUGGGCGGCGGCCCCCAGCCCCGGCUCGGCCCGCAGCGAGGGCAGCCACACCACGCGGGACAGCAGCUCCCUGUCCAGCUGCGCCUCGGGCGUCCUGGAGGAGCCCAGCCCUGCCUCGCGGGGGCCCGACAGGGCCCGGGCCGCGCUGCCCCUGCAGCAGGACAAGGAGUUCUCCUUCAUGGACGAGGAGGAGGAUGAGAUACGAGUGUGAGGGGCGCCCAGCAGGGCGGCAGGGGGCUCCGUCUCCUCCCUGCCCCCAGGCCACCACCCCCUUCCCGCCCCGGCCCGUCCAGUGCAGGGCAGCCAGGAGCCUGGCUUCCACCGCACACCCCGGGUGCCCCCCUCCCUCCUGGAACUGGGGCGCUGGACACAUGGGGAGGUGGUGCCCUCCUGUGCGCCGCGGGCCGGCUGGUGCUUGCGGGUUCUCCCUUCCCUCUACCCUGGCCUCGGACGGUGCCCCACAGUCGGCCAAGUUCCCUCCUCGCGGGGCAGCCACAGCUGGUCAGCCCGGGAGCGGCCCCGGUGCCUUGGCUAAGGACGCUGGGCUCACCUUUCCGCUCCUGGCGUCUCUGCUCUGACUGGUGGCCGUGUGGCUGGAGGAAGGGUGAUCCCACACCCCGGCCCCCCCCCCCCCCGCUGUCUCCCCCCCCACACUUCCUGCCCCUGCACUGCGAGCCUGGAGCCCCUUGGAGCAAAGCCGGACCCAGUAUGUGCACUAAACACGGCCCCUUCCAGGGGAGAACAGGAUGGGAGAUGAAAGAAAGGAGGCCCCGGGGCUUCCUGAAUUUUCUACAAGGGGCCUUCCCAGGAUGACACUAGGAAGAGGCUGGGCGCUCGCUCAGCCCCUAUCGAUUUGUCUGUCCUUCUUGUCCUGUUUAAAUCCUUCCAGAGCCGUAUCCGGAACAGCGUUAGUAGGUCUGCCACCAGACGGAAAAUCAGAUCCUUUUAGAAAACCUAUAUACUAAGUGCUUCCAGACUUUAUUUAGAGCUGUAUGGGGUGGGCGUCCUUGGUGUGGCCCUCUCCCCACCCCAUAGCCAUUAACAGCUGAAGGCAGCCCGUGUAGGAAGUUUCUGGAAAAGGAUUUUUUUUAAAGAAAUGUAUCAUUCCUAUGGAGGGAUAGAAGCUUUUUUGACCGUGUUACUACACACACACACACACACACACACACACACACACACACUGACUACUUCCUCUUCCUUCUUUAGGCCUUUCUGAACCUCUCCCCCCCAUUUCUGAGGCCCCUAAGGGUAUAGGGUUGCCAGAUUUAGCAAUAAAACAAAACAAAGCCAGAAUGUGGGGAUAAAUUAGGAUGUCAGGCAUACAAAGGAUCAUUUCUUUAGUAUACGUAUGCCCUACACCAUGUUUGGAGCAUACUUAUGCUGAAAAAUUAUUUGUUGUCCUUCCGAAAUCCCAGUUUCGCCGAGUGGGAGCGUGGGCGUGUGCCCCAGGGUUAACCGAUGAUUCUGUUCCUGUCCUGGGAACAAGCUGACCCACCUUCUCCUGUCCCCUUGUACCCAGUGGGGGGAGGGGCCGGCGGCCAUGGCUGCUCCCGCCUCUCAUGCUCGUUGCCAGAUCUUGAUCCAGACACUAACUUAGUUCCUGAUUCCAGCGCCCUGUCAGUACUGUUUCCAGUAGCGUGGCUGCCAUGUAGGGGAGGCAUCGGACAGGCUGUACAGCCCCCGCCAGCUGCCCUUGAAACCCAUCCAAACAGUGGUCAGUUCCAGAUUCUAAACUGUAUAUAUUUUUUCAUGGUAUUGUUAAAACAGUGAGGAACAUUAAAAAAAAAAAAAA